AUUGUUUCCGUGAUCUCGAAAGACGUCGACUUUUCCCACCUCGAACUCGACGACAUCUUCUAUCUCAGCGAGAUGUGGAUGGAGUCGUUGCGCACCCUGCAUCAAGAUGAAGAAGCCGUCCAUUUGGCUACAAGAAUCUUUGCCCUCCACCGAAGCGUCGAGCCACUACUCUCCUCCAAGCUCCGCGAGCUCGUCUUCGAUCUGGAGACGAUCGAGUGGGACCACGUGUCUGUGGAUACAAAAGCUGCCCUCGGCUACGAGCUGUCGAAGCUGAUCGAGUGCAAAGAGAUUGUCGGUUGGUGGCCGCUGUGGAAGUUGAUGUACACGAUUGCGCGCGCGAUUGAAGGCCCCGUCACCGUGCCCAUCGUCUCCAAAAUGCUCGAAAACGGGGCUGGUAUGGACGAGGUGCCUUCAAAUGCGCUGUCCGUCUUGGUGAAGGCGCACGAGAAGCUGGGCGACAACCAGUGCUGCUCGCAGAAUAAGGGCGAAUUCCUCGGCUUCUACAUCAACGAGCUGUGGUCGGCGCUCUCCGUGCCCGGCAUCCGAGAGCUGCUCCUGGACGAUCGGAACAAGUGGAUGCGCACCAACGUGCACCAAGAGACCGCCCAGCUGCUCCACUGCGCUUUUGGACGGUACACGAAAAAGCGCAAGAAUUUGGACGAGCAUGGGCAGCCGCCGAAAUGGGAGGACAAGGCGAAGGCGGACAUCUUGGAGGCGGCCAUCGGCCUUGCGUUGCCGUAUCCACUGCCUGAUUAUGAUGAUGCGGAAAAACUCGGCCACGACGUCAUCGACCUCAUCACGCAGCGUUUCCCGGAGCUCAUGUCGAUUUCGGAAGAGCAACGGGACGAGGUGACGAACUUCGACGCGUGGCUGAAGGUGGCCGAGCUCUCUGAAACUCAGCCAAUGAUCGAGCGCUCACCCUUCAUGUCGUCCAUCUACUACACGCUGGGCCUGCACCAUUACAAGCUCAACGACGACGGCCACAACGACCAGGCAGCCAAGUGGAUGACCCUGUUCCUGACGUCGUCCGGCCACACGGCCCACCCGCACGUGAUCCACGGCGCCUGGUCGGUGCUGGCGCACACGCUGGUCGCCCAGCUGUUCAGGCUCGACGACCGGGCCAAGCUCCAGAAUUGGCGCUACAUGUUGCUGCCCUGGCGGUUGGCCAAGAAGGCGAAAAACGAGGACGGCACGACGCCGUUCCUACACGCGCUCUCGCUCUACCAAUUGGCAUCUCGAUUUGGCAGGCUGGCUCGCUCGGUUAGUGAAACGAAAUCCACAGACACCCGCCGAAGUUGUCUACGGGACGUCGAGCAAAUUCGGGAAGAAGCCGUGCUGGCCCUGGAGCAAGCCACUGACCUACCCUCGCACCAGCGCGACACCUUCCUCUGGGUGGCCUUUCUCCUGCAAGCGAAGCUUGCCUGGAAGACUGAUCGUCAGAAGAACCUGCCAAAGGUCCUCGACUCGAUCUACGAAUCGGCGUGUGCCCUGCAGUUGAGCGGCUCCCACUACCCGGCCAAGAUCUCCAUCAAACACCAGCGCAACAUCGAGCCCGUCGAGGUGCACUACCAUAUGCACUCGUUUGUCUGGAAGUAUUUGAAAGGGAAAGUCUACACGCGGGAGAACCUCAUCCAUUGCCUCGCCUACCUUCGCGCCAUUCAGAACCAUGGCGUCUGCCGCGGCUCCACGCCCACCCUCUUUGCUGUCGGCGUCGAUCUGCAGCUGCUCGUCCAUGGGAUGAUCGACAAAGUUGUUGCCCAAGAAGAAAGUUCCGACGUCAUCGGCUCGGUCGUAGAUGGAAUGCUGUCCACCGUCGAGCUCACCCACGAGCUCUGGAACUUGUGCUGGUCUGGAUUCGAGGUUUGCACGGAGCGCUUCGCCCACCUGAAGGCCAACUACCGGCUGGCGGAGAUGAGCCUGGAGCGGGGCAAUCGAUCCGUGGCCGAGAACCGCAUCUUCAACGGCGUCUUCAAGAGGCCGACCGGCAACAAGGAGGUCAACUUCUUGGAGACGGCGACUGACAUCUCCGACAAGGAAAUCUCUCGCUCGGGCUCGUUCUGCUACCACGUCGCUCGGGCGGUCAAGCUGUCGUUCCGCAUCAGCGAGGCCUCAUGCGAUCACGCGCGCAUCGUUGCGACAUGCAAGGCGUUGCUGAAAUUGACGACUGUCGAUGAGGAUAGCGAAUGCCUGACGCGCCGCGACCAGCAGCGUUUGUUGGAAUGCGGCUGGGUCUCGCUUCGGAAAGCAUUCGAUAAGCUGAUCGACGACCCGACGUCGCGACCAUCUUGGAGCAAAUCGAUGAGAUUGUCAGUUGCCGGGCUGUGCGACGCGCUCGACGGUGUCGCUUCGAAAAGCAAAGCCAAGGUCGUACCGUGGAUGUACAACCGCGUCAUAGACUUGAUCAAGGAGGAAUUUGGCUCCAUCGAGGCGUAUCUCAAAGACACGGUCAACCGCGCCGCUGCGCAACGGGAGAAGGAGAAACGACAAGCCCUGGCCAAAGCAGCACGAAGGGCCCGCGCAGCUUAUCCGGCUUCGUAUGCGCCGCCCACCAAGCGGGUCGCCUACGAGGAUCAGGUGAUGCUGCUUGCCGAAGCGCAUCUCAACGGCUUCCAGCCGUCGUCAGGGAGCCAACCAUCCACAUCAUCGAGUGCUAGCGCGUCUACCAGUGCCACCCUCCUCGCUGACGCCACCGCCACCAGCUCAAGCGCCCUGCUGGCCAUGUGCGACAAGACGAUCCAGGCCAAGCAGCAGCCGUCCACCUCGGCGGCCAAGCCACUGCCUGUGCGUGCGAUAUCGGCCCCGGUGAAGCCGCCGUCGCGGCCCCGCACGCCUAUCGGGUCCGGAAAUGUCGAGCUGCCCUGGAAGAUCGAUGACUUCGACCCACGACCGUCACCGAAAGAAUGGGCCAAGUUGCAGCAGGCUAGGGCCAUAGGCACACCUCUCGACUUGGCGCUGAAGGUGUGGGCCGAGAAUUUCGGUCCAGCGUCUCCGCAAGCUCCUCCAAAGGCCAAGCCUCCCGUCCGAGAGAGCAGCACCACCCAACCGGUCAGCAAGUCUGCGAAUCCAUCUGCGACGAAUGGCUCCACGAGCUCAGCUGCUCCUGGAGGCUCCCGGGCACCACCGACCUCCUCCAUCAACAAGCCGAUCGUGCCGCAGACGCAAACUUCAAAGCCCAAGCCCGCAUCCGCGCCAACCGGCAAAAGCGCGACGGACAAGCCUCGAAUCAACUCCAAGUUGAUCGAACAAGCGGAGAGCUUCUUCUUCAACACAGGCGUCCGACUUUUCCUGACGAGUGAAAUGUAUAAAAUGAAGUCACCCGAGACGAAGUUUGCCGCUUUGCAGCAAGCGUCCGCGAAGAUAGCCGAACGGCUUGCCGGCGGCGCGUCAACCUCUACGAAGACCACGAGCUCGUCGUCGGCCUCUACCUCGAAUGGAUCCACUUUCCGCGCGACUACAUCAACGACACAGGGCAACUGCCAGGCCUCGGGAAUCUUUGCCAGGAAUAGCGGCGCUAGUACAUCUACAGCCCAAGCGACCCCUCCAAACCCGACAAAGCCGAAGAUUCAGAAGCCGAAGGUCCAACAGGCGGUCACGCCAAUGACAGGCCGUCCGCCAUUCAAAAAGCCGCCCGGCCGAGCCCCGCUCCCCCCUGGAAUGCAGCCCGCCGCCUCGAGCUCCACGGCGGCUUUCCAGCAGUUUGUAGACACAAUACCGUCGUUGCCGAAUACGGUAGGGGCUCUAGCGCAGAGCCAGAGGCAGGGCGCGACAGCCAAGCAGGUCAAGAACCCGUCGACGUCCGAUAGGGAACGAUAUCUACAGACCAUAUCCCGUAUGAUUCCCGCGUCUAUGAAUAGACCCGGCACCUCCACGACGUCGCAUGCCGCGCGUCCGAUUGCGCCGGCGCCGCAGCGCGCCAAUUCGACGCCCCAAAAUGCGCUGGGCCAGAAGAGGACCGUUCAGCAAAUGUCAGCGGGUGCCCAAAGCCUUUACCAAAUUCCCAACGCCUCCAACAUGACUCCGGAACAGCUGAAUGCCUUUCUACGUCAAAUGUGCACCUCGGCUACCCCAAGCACCGUCGUCAAGAAGCCUCGCGUCGACAACCCGAAAGUCAUAGAUCUUGAA